CCAAACAAGAGAACUUAUUAUGCAGCUGAUAAAUAAUAGAAUUUGCAUUCUGCCAUUGCUAUCCUCUUCACCCCACCAUAAAAAGCAACUGGGUCUUCUUCUUUUCAGCUUCAGAGCUGGAUCUGAUUGAAGAAAUGGAUGAUUAAGAAGAAACCCAUCUCAAAAAUAAAUCCCAGAAAUUUGUGACUUGGGUUUUUAGGCUUAUGUGUUGGAGAAUGGCCAAAGGGGCACAAAACCAGCAAGGGGUGCCAGAAAAUCUGAGAAGGCAGCUUGCUGUUGCUGUUAGGAGCGUGCAGUGGAGCUAUGGAAUUUUCUGGGCAAUGUCAACUAAACAAGAAGGGGUACUGGAAUGGGGUGAUGGGUACUACAACGGAGAAAUAAGGACGAGGAAGACGGUGCCAGCCAUGGAACUUAAACCAGAUAAAAUGGGUUUGCAGAGGAGUGAGCAACUGAAAGAGCUUUACGAGUGUCUCUUAGAGGGUGAGGAAAGUGAUCAACAAGCUAAUAUGCCUUCAGCUGCACUCUCUCCAGAUGAUCUCACAGAUGCAGAGUGGUAUUACUUGGUUUGCAUGUCUUUUGUGUUCAACCCCGGCCAAGGUUUGCCAGGAAGGGCUUUAGCAAAUGGUCAAGCUAUCUGGUUAUGCAAUGCUCACAGUGCUGAUAGCAAAGUGUUUUCUCGCUCUCUUCUAGCCAAGAGUGCAUCUAUUCAGACUGUCAUCUGUUUUCCCCAUUUGGGUGGAGUCAUCGAGCUAGGCGUGACGGAGCUGGUAUUGGAAGACCCUAGUCUCAUUCAGCACAUCAAGACUUCGCUACUAGAGUUUUCAAAGCCCGUUUGCUGUGAGGAAUCUUCUUCUGGUCCUUCCCACAGAGACGAUGAUGCAGACUUCAUGUAUGCCAACGUUGAUCAUGAGAUGGUAAAUACAAUUUCGUUGGAGAGUUUCUAUUCCCCAGCUGAAGAUAUGGGAUUUGAUCAGGAGGGACUAAAUGACUUAGAAAAAAAUACCCAGGAUAAUUUGACCAUGGGUUCUCCUGAUGAAUGUUCAAAUGGGUGUGAACACAAUCACCAGACAGAAGACUCCUUCCUCCUUGAAAAUGUAAACGAUGAUUUUAGCAACUGUGUUCAAGUUUCCAUGAAUUCUAGUGACUGCAUAUCUCAAGUUGUUGUGAACCAAGAAAAGUUUAUUUCUCCUCCCAAGGGCGACAAGAAUAAAUUGAAAGAACUUCAAGAAGGGAAUGAUAUGAAAUUUGGAUCCUUGGACAUUGGAACUGAUGAUGACUUGCACUACAAAAGAACUCUAUCUGCUGUUCUGAUGAGAAAUUCGUACCGGUUACUUGAUAACCUUUUCUUCCAUAGCUGGGAUUAUAAGUCUAGCUUUGUGAGUUGGAAGAAAGGAGAAAUCAGAAAUGGCCAUAGACCACGGGUGCCACAGCAGAUGUUAAAGAAGAUCUUAGUUGAUGUCCCUCUACUGCAUGGUUUCUCACUUAAGUUGAAACAAGAAAGUGAUCGGAUGAGCGUGCAACAUGCUUUGUCAGAUGAAGGAAUAGAGAAUGAGAAGUUUUUGGUCCUCAAAUCGAUGAUUCCUGCUACUACCAAGGUUGACAAAGCAACAAUCCUUGGUGACACAAUAGAAUACUUGAAAGAACUUGAGGGAAGGGUAGGAGAACUUGAAUCUUGCAUCGACUUAGCAGAGCACGAAGCUAGAAGAAAAUACCCAGAUGAAGUAGAGCAGAUAUCCGAAAACAAUGAAAACAGGGGGAUAGGAAAUAGCAAGAAGCCUUGGAUAAACAAGAGGAAGGCAUGCGACAUCGAUGAAACAGACCCGGAGCUCAGCAGGGUUGUUCCUAAAGACGGGCCACUGUUUGAUAUGAAAGUAAAGAUAAAAGAGCAGGAAGUUCUGAUUGAGCUGAGAUGCCCUUCGAGGGAAUAUUUGUUGCUUGACAUCAUAGAUGCUAUGAACAAUCUCAACUUAGAUGCUCACACUGUUCAGUCAUCAACCAUUGACGGCAUUCUCACUGUAACCCUUCAAUCUAAGUUUCGAGGAGCAGCAGUUGCAUCAGCACGGAUGAUCAAACAAGCGCUUUCAACUGUUGCCGGAUAGUGUUGAGAAACACAAGAUUGCAAAUUAUUAACUUGUGUCGUAGGAUUUGCUUCUAAGCGUUGUGUAAUGUGUAUCAUUGCAGUCCUCUUAGUCUCUCGAGUUUUCCGGUCUCUUAACAAGCACUUCUCAUGGUUUCCUUUGUCUAACCCAGGAGCAUAAAUUUGGUUGUAAUUUGGCUACUAUCUGCACCCUGUUUCAGCUUCAUGUCAAUAAAGUACUUCAAUUUUCAGCC